AUGGCGAGGAGCUACGUCACGGAGAACGCGCAGUUAUCGAGGUUAGGCGUGCUGGUGGCGCAACUUGAAUCAAUCGUGGCGUCCGCCGCCCACAAGCCACCUGAUGGACUCCUCUGUUUCGAUCUUCUAUCUGAUCUCAUCUCCGCCGUAGAAGAGGAGCCCAAGGAAUCUGUAAUGCUUUGGCAAAGAAAAUGUGAGGAUGUACUUUAUUCUUUGCUGGUGCUGGGCGCUCGUAGGCCUGUGAGGCAUUUGACAUCAUUGGCAAUGGCAAAAAUUAUAUUUAAGGGCGAUUCAAUUUCGAUCUACUCUAGAGCAAGCAGCCUUCAGGGAUUUCUUUCCGAUGGCAAGAAGGGCGAGGCUCAAAAAGUUGCUGGUGCUGCACAAUGCUUGGGAGAAUUGUACCGCUAUUUUGGAAGACGGAUUGUAUCUGGAUUACUUGAAACAACUAGUAUCGUUGCUAAGCUACUAAAAUUUACUGAGGAUUUCGUGAGGCAAGAGGCUCUGCACAUGCUUCGUAAUGCUUUGGAGGGUUCUGAUGGGAGUGCUGCUUCGGCAGCCUAUAUUGAGGCCUUCCGUAUAAUUACAAGGACUGGAGUAGGCGAUAAGUCUUUAAGCGUUAGAGUAGCUGCUGCUAGAUGUCUGAAGGCGUUUGCAAAUAUUGGAGGGCCGGGCUUGGGGAUUGGAGAACUUGAGAAUUGUUCGUCUUACUGUGUGAAGGCCCUUGAGGAUCCAGUGAAAUCUGUAAGGGAUGCUUUUGCUGAAGCUUUAGGCGCAUUGCUCGCUCUUGGAAUGAAUCCUGAUGCACAAGUGAAACCAAAAGGAAAAGGACAUCCUACUGUUAAGAUGCAAGAAUGGUCUUUGCAGAAGCACUUAGCGAUGCCAUUUGCCAAAGUUGGUGGACCUCGUUUGAAGGACUUACGGGUUGGCAUCUCCUUAUCGUGGGUCUGCUUUUUACAGGCUAUUUGCUUAAAGUAUCUACACCCAGAUACCGAGCUAGAAAACUAUGCUCUUCAGGUUAUGGAUAUGCUUCGGCCCGAUACAUCCAUUGAUGCUCAAGCACUGGCUUGUGUGCUAUACAUUAUGCGAGUCGGUAUAACUGAUCAAAUGAGUGAACCAACUCAGAGAAGCUUUUCUGUCUUUCUUGCGAAACAGCUUUUACCUUCUGAUUCCACUCCAUUCAUGCGAGUAGUGGCAUUAAGAACUCUGUCAUAUGUUUUGAAAACACUUGGAGAGGUUCCAUUGGAAUUCAAGGAAGUUCUUGAUGAUACAGUAGUUGUGGCGCUAACCCAUGAUUCACCUCUGGUAAGGGUUGAAGCUGCCUUGACUCUCCGUGUGCUGGCCGAGGUUGAUCCAUCCUGUGUGGGCGGCUUGAUUUCUUAUGCAAUGACAACGCUUGGCGCAGCAAGAGAAAAUGUCUCAUUUGAGAAGGGCUUUCACUUCAAAAGGGAGAUUGAGUCUCUACAUGGGCAAGCAGCAGUUGUGGCAUCACUUGUGUCAAUAUCGUGGAAGUUGCCUCUUGGAUAUCCAACCAGAUUGCCUCAAUCCGUGCUUCAAGUUUGCAAGAACCUGUUGAUGGAUUCUAGCAGGAAUCCUGUGGCAGCUGCUGUUGAGAAAGAAGCUGGAUGGAACCUUUUGUCUUCACUAUUAACUUCUAUGUCAAAAGAGGAGCUUCAUGAUCAAGCUUUUGAUAUUCUUGCUUUGUGGGCUUCCACAUUUAGUGGACAUCCAAAACACCACAUAAGUCAAACCAAUGAUCUCACAUCGGAAAUAUGUGUGUGGUCUGCUGCUGUUGAUGCCCUUACUUCAUAUGUCAAGUGUUUUAUUUCCUCUGACCCUGUGAACAGAAGGAUCCUGCUGCAGCCAGUUCUUUUGUACUUGAAUAGGGCAUUGUCGAAUGCUUCACAGUUAGCUGGUAAAGAACAAGCAGGAGGAAAAUCUUCAGUUGACUUAUUUAUUCUCCGGGUGUUGAUAGCAUAUGAUGCUCUUUCAGACCCAUCUCUCUACAAAAGUGACCAUGUGCAUAUCAUUCAGAUAUGUACUACUCCUUUUAGGGAAGCUUCCAAAUGCGACGAAAGCUCUUGUCUGAGGUGGUUGUUGGACAAGAGAGAUGCCUGGUUAGGUCCUUGGACUCCCGGAAGGGAUUGGUUUGAAGAUGAACUUCGUUCUUUUCAAGGGGGAAAAGAUGGCAUAUUGACAUGUGUUUGGGAGAAAGAGCCUCCUAGUUUCCCUCAGCCCGAGACUACAAGUAAGAUGCUGGUCAAUCAGAUGCUCCUCUGCUUUGGGAAUAUGUUUGCUUCUCAGGAUAGUAGUGGGAUGCUGUCGUUUAUUGGCAUGAUCGAUCAGUGUCUGAAAGCUGGAAAAAAACAAGCUUGGCAUAUGACAAGUGUUACCAAUAUAUGUGUGGGGUUAUUAGCUGGCCUGAAGACUUUGCUUGCUCAACGUCCUGAACCCCUGGGAAUGGAGAUACUAAGUGCUAUUCAGGCUAUUUUCCAGAGUAUUUUAGCUGAAGGUGACAUUUGUGCAUCACAACGUAGAGCAUCAUCAGAAGGUCUUGGUUUACUAGCGAGGCUCGGAAAUGAUAUAUUUACAGCCAGGAUGACAAAACAACUUCUUGGCGAUAUUACUGGUGGUAUAGAUGCUAACUAUGCUGGAUCAAUUGCUCUUGCUCUUGGCUGCAUUCAUCGCAGUGCAGGAGGAAUGGCAUUGUCAAGUUUAGUUCCCAGUACAGUAAAUAUUGUCUCUGCGCUUGCUAGGAAAUCAAUUUCAAGUCUACAGAUUUGGUCCUUGCACGGACUUCUUUUGACCAUUGAAGCGGCAGGCCUCUCCUACGUAUCCCAGGUUCAGGCAACACUCGGCCUUGCGAUGGAAAUUAUCCUGUCUGAAGAGAGUGGUUGGGUUGAUCUGCAGCAGGCAGUGGGCCGCCUUAUUAAUGCUGUUGUUGCUAUUAUAGGUCCAGAACUUGCUCCUGGGAGCAUUUUCUUCUCACGCUGCAAGUCGGCUGUUGCUGAGAUCAGUUCCUCACAAGAAACAGCAACACUUCUCGAGAGUGUGCGUUUCACACAACAGCUUGUUGUUUUCGCACCACAAGCAGUUACUGUUCAUACUCAUGUGCUAACUCUCCGUCCUACUCUGUCCUCAAGACAGCCAACUCUGAGACAUCUGGCUUUGAGCACUCUGCGUCACCUUAUAGAAAAAGACCCGGUUUCCAUAAUUGAUGAACAAAUAGAAGAAACCUUGUUCCAUAUGUUGGAUGAGGAAACUGAUACAGAAAUCGGCAAUUUAGCACGUGCCACUAUUAUGAGAUUGCUUCAUGCAUCAUGCCCUUCACGUCCGUCCCAUUGGCUGUCAAUAUGCCGUGACAUGAUUCUUUCUACAACAUCGCGAUAUAAUACAAGCAAGAGUAAUAAUAGCGUGAAUGAUUCCUCAUCUGGUCUGGAUGGUGAGAACAGUUUGGAUAUUGUGAACGAUGAUGAGAACAUGGUCUCUAGCUCCGGAGGUGUAUCAGUUCGCAGUUAUAAGCUCGACUACUCCAGUCCUAUCUUCUCAAGGGAUAAGCAUCUCAGAUAUAGAACAAGAGUUUUUGCUGCUGAGUGCUUAAGUCAUCUUCCUGAAGCUGUUGGAGAAAAUCCUGCUCAUUUUGACCUCUUAUUAGCAAGGAGACAGUCUGCUAAGGGGCGCCUUUCUGGGGACUGGCUGGUUCUUCAAUUGCCAGAACUCAUCUCUCUUGCUUAUCAGAUAAGCACCAUUCAGUUUGAGAAAAUGCGGCCGAUCGGUGUGUCACUUCUGUGUACAAUUAUGGACAAG